CGUGAAUGAGUGUGUCUGUAGAGUAUGAGUGCGUGUAUGCGUACAUUUGUGCACCUGAACCCGCUCUGAGAGAAAGAGAGGGAGGGAGAGGGAGAGAGAGAGCUGUGUGGCAGCGCUGGGAAAAUCCAAGGUCAUUGGAGCUUGGUCACAUGUGCCGUGAGCGAGUGUGUGUGAGGCUGAGCGUGCAUGAAUGUGUGUGUCUGGCUAUGUGACAGAGACAGGGAGAGAGACAGAGACAGAAACAGACGCUUGAGGCAAAGAACAGGCAGUUUCAUCAGUGUUUCCAUCGAUGUAUGGUGUGUGUGGGUGCUGCGGGGCAUUGAGACCCCGAUACAAAAGGCUGGUGGAUAACAUCUUUCCAGAAGACCCAGAGGACGGUUUGGUGAAGGCUAACAUGGAGAAGCUCACCUUUUAUGCCCUAUCUGCCCCAGAGAAGCUGGACCGCAUUGGCGCCUAUCUGUCAGAGAGACUCUCCAGAGAUGUGGCCCGCCACAGAUACGGGUAUGUGUGCAUCGCAAUGGAGGCUUUGGAUCAGCUGCUGAUGGCCUGUCACUGCCAGAGCAUUAACCUGUUUGUGGAAAGCUUCCUCACCAUGGUGCGCAAACUACUGGAGGCCGACAAACCCAAUCUACAAAUCCUUGGCACCAAUUCCUUUGUGAAGUUUGCCAAUAUUGAAGAGGACACGCCAUCUUACCACCGGAGCUAUGACUUCUUUGUUUCCCGCUUCAGUGAGAUGUGCCACUCCAGUUAUGAAGAUCCAGAUAUUCGCACCAAGAUUCGAAUGGCAGGAAUCAGAGGUCUGCAGGGUGUGGUGAGGAAGACAGUGAAUGAUGAGUUACAGGCGAACAUCUGGGAUCCACAGCACAUGGACAAGAUAGUGCCAUCACUACUGUUCAAUUUACAGCAGGAAGAGAUUACAGAGAGAUCACCCUCUCCUGAGACAGAGAAAGAAAAAGAGAGUCCAAUAGAGCUGACUGAGAGGUGUUUCAGAGAGCUGCUGGGUCGCGCUGCCUAUGGCAACAUAAAGAAUGCUGUUAAACCGGUCCUUAUGCACCUUGAUAAUCAUUCACUGUGGGAGGGAAAAACCUUUGCUGUGCGCUGUUUCAAAAUCAUCAUGUACUCUAUUCAGUCUCAGCAUUCACACCUGGUCAUCCAGCAGCUGCUUGGUCAUUUGGAUGCCAACAGUAAAAACUCAGCGACAGUGCGGGCUGGGAUAGUGGAGGUGAUCUCUGAAGCAGCAGUGAUAGAGGCCAGCGGCUCUAUUGGGCCGACGGUACUAGAGGUGUUUAACACUCUCCUGAAGCAGCUUCGGCUCAGUGUGGACUAUGAGCUCACUGGCUGUUAUGAGUCCUGCACCAGUGCAGGAAGCAAGGUCAUCAAAGUGCAUGAGGAGAGGCAGCUCCAGGAGGCUGUCAUCAAGACCAUAGGAUCAUUUGCGAGCACUCUGCCCACGUAUCAGCGCUCAGAGGUCAUGCUUUUUAUCAUGGGCAAGAUUCCUGUGCCAGGGAUGUAUCCUGCACUAGGGUCUGCUAACACAGGGUUUGAAGGAAGCAGGAUGAUCCAAAUUAUGCUGCUGAAAUCUCUGCUGCAGGUGACAGCAGGUUUCCAGACUACAAACAUGCUGACAGCUCUGCCAAGCUCAUUCCUGGAUCCUCUGCUGUCUUUUACGCUGAUGGAGGAUGCUGAGAUCCGUCUACUCGUGCUUGAUAUCCUCAUCAGCCUCAUCGAUCGCCAUGACAACCAACUGAAGUUCUCCUCUCUUAGGGUGCUAACUGACAUUUCCGUGUUGAAGCUGAAAAUGGACAAGUGCUCACGGCAGGACAAUCUGUUCAUGAAAAAGCACUCUCAGAGGCUUUACCGCCAUGUCUUCCUGGCCUCUAAAGAGGAGAACAGCAGCCAGGGGCACUUCCAGUCUCUCUACGCACUGCUGGGGCUGAUCUGUGUAGAGCUGGCCAAUGAGGAGGUGGUGGUGGACCUGAUUCGACUGGCUCUAGCACUGCAGGACCUGGCCUUGACUGAAGAGUCUCUGCCAGUCUAUAAUCGUUGUGCUAUUCACGCCCUUUCAGCUGCAUAUUUGAACCUCAUCAGUCAGCUGACCACCGUGCCCACCUUCUGUCAACACGUCCAUGAGGUGAUUGAAGCAAGACAGAAAGAGCUUCCUUUCCUGUUGCCAGAGGAUGUCUUUGUUGAGACUCCAAAGAUUCCAGAGAAGUUGGAAAAGGUGGAAGGAGAGGUGCUGUUCUCACAGGCUAAGAUAGCGGAGACGCUGGGGGGAAGCGGCUAUAACUCUGAAAGACUGGCCACUCCAUAUAUCCCACAACUCACAGAUGAAGACAGACUGUCAAAGAGAAAAAGUAUUGGGGACACCAUCUCUCUGCAGCUGGAGGUAGAAUCCAGACUCAGUCCAGAGAAAGAACAGAAAUCUCCAGCAGAGCAGAUCACAUUUGAAACCCUCAAACAAGCCAUUGCAGACAGUGUGAGUUUGGAGGAGCAGGAGAGGGAGCGCAGGAGGCAGGUAGUGGAAAGAUUCCAGACAGCUCCAUUUGAGGAGAUUGCGGCUCACUGUGGGGCCAGGGCUUCACUACUACAGAGUAAACUCAACCAAAUCUUCGAAAUAACAAUCAGGCCUCCCCCUAGUCCAUCCGGUUCUGUCGGGAAUGGGCACGGACAGAGUCGCUCUGUACCAGUCUACGAGAUGAAGUUCCCUGACCUCUGUGUGUACUGAGCUGCAUCUUCCCAUGCCACUACUCAUCAUCUUUGUCAUGUGUUCCCUUCCCAGGCGAAGAUGUCUUCUAAACUCUUAUUCCGAAUUAUAUAUUUUGCUUACUUUUGUUCAAAUGUGGUUAUCUUUGUCCGGUAUCCUGUGGCUUUUGGUAAGAAAGAUGAAUCCCGAGCCAUGUGACAAUGUGCCUGUGAUCGGUUGCACUGAAAACAGAAAUGCACUAAUCAAUGGACAUGACUUGCAUUGAAAAUUUUUUCAUAAGUAUCGAGAGCAAUUGACAGUACACUUGACUGUGAUAGAGGAGAAACAGACACUUCAGUGGCUAGCUAGUAUAGGCCAGGAUGAUGAUUAUUUGUGGAUGAUAUUUCCAUUAUGCUGUUUAAUUUACUUGAUGUAAUAGAAUACCACUUACUUUUGCUAAUUCAAUGAGAGCAGUGACUAGCUGAGUCAUUCCAUAAAAAGGUCCCAUUUGUGUGUAAAUUUGUGUAUAAAUAUAUAGUUUUAGGCAUUUUUAGAUGUCUGUAUAUACAGCCACUGACGUUCCGUCUCAAAUAUUUAACAUUUAUUACAAUCACACAUCAUAACCAAAUUGAACUUUUUCACAUUCACACGAAAUAUGCUAAUUUAGUUGUGUUGAUGAGUUUUGCUGUCCACUCUAUGUUUAGCCUUGAAAAUAAUGGACUAGCACAUUAAGGGAAAUCAUUUAAGCCUUUUACGUUUGACAGGGUGCAUCAAGCAACAUGUCUACCCCAUCACUCAAAAUAGAUAUUUUUUUGACAAAUGUAAUUGUAAUUAUUUCUUACAAUUUUGAAAUGGUCAAAUUUAUGUUAAUGUGUCCAUGAUCAUGUGGAAUGACUCAGGCAGCUCAUAGUUUGCUCACAGGUAGAGACACGGUGUGGCGGUACAGUAGUGCAGUUCUAGUGUGUAUGCCUGCAGUAACUUUUUGCCAUGAACACCAAAUGAGGAAGCUGUUGGUUGGUAUUUGUACAAGAGACUGCCUUAAAAGAGAUUCAAUUAUUGUGUGGUAAUAUGUUAGAUGUGUGCAUUUUAAUUUGUCUUUUCCACAGGUACUGUGGCAUGUGUUUCAGUCAAUGUGUCAAUAAGGGUCUGUUUUAUUUGAACUGUAUGAAAAGGCACAUUACCGAGAGUAGACAGGCACAUAUGUUUUCUUGCAUAUUUAAAACGUUGAUGUUUUCUACACACUGCAAUAAAAUUUGUAUUAAGAAGCAAUAAGACUAAAGACCGAUGUGUUGUUUGGUUACUCUGGUGGUUUGGUGGUUUCUGAUCAACCACAGUGAUCAAAGAAUGAUAACUGAAAACAUGAAUUAUGGUAUCAACUGUACCUGGUAGUUUUACUAUACUGACGAAAACUACAGAAGGGGAUGUGUGUAAAAUCUAUUAUUUCUGUAAUCAAUGACUGUUGUAUUUUUUGCUAAGUUGGAAAGCAGUGUGAAAAAUAAGCUCAGAAACUGGCUAUUACUAUUCCUUCAUCCCUGUUCACCAAGUAAUUUAGCACUGCAUUUAGUUUAACAAAAUUCAAGUAGUCAAAGUAAUUUUACUUAGUGCUCUUACACUUGUAGUACAGUAUUUACCUUGAUAUUGAUUUUAUUUGUGUCAGUACACAUACUGUGUACAACAUAGUAGAUUAUUUUCCUGGAUCACAAUACAGAAUUUGAGCAUUGUGUGUAUGUAUGCUGCAAUAUGUACUCUGUGUUCAGUGACUGUCCAUCUUCACAUGUGGAUGUGUUAUGUUAUUUUAAUGUCUCUCACUUAUUAACCCAAAUGACAGUUUGCUUUCCUAUAGUGAAACAUAUGUAUACUGUAUUUUUGGUUGUUCAGUCAAUUUCCAAGGGGCAGUCAGUCUGUUCCUGUCAGUGUCAGUGUAAACUGUUUGGCCAAAAUGUUGGAGGCAUAUGAUUCAUAAAUGUCUUUUCGUAUUAUUUGUUUUUCUGUUGAAGUGGCAGAUUUAUUUAAAUUUUUAAAAAUAUUGUUUUUAGAAAAGUAAAAUAUUCAGAACAUCGCCCCACAGACUAUUUUGUCCAUGGUGGGUAUAAUGUGAAGUUAAUCAAAAUAUUGCUAAUUGUUUACAUGUGAGGUGACAAAAGUGGUUUUGCAUGUACGAGACAAAUAUCAGUAUAACUACGUAUUUGUUCACUUUUUUUGCCUUUUUCAAUCGCUGCAUGCCCAAAGUCUUGUUUGUCUUUGUCUUAAUUUGUCAGGACAUUUGGAGGUGCAUUUUAAUCACUGUGAAGGGUAAUUUCGCUGUGUUCUAUGUCUUCUUGUCUGGUAAAGGCAUUACCUGUCCCAAACAAUUCUUGAGAACACUUGUCUCCUUAAAGAGUAUAAUAUAUUGAUGUAAAUACAUGUUGUAAAGACUAUGUAUGAAUAAUUAAAAUGUUAAUUUUA